GGCGCCGGCGGGGCCCGGGCCGAGCCGGCACCAGGUGUGACUGCGGCGCGGCGGCGGAACGGACCUCGGGGCGGCUCGGAGCGCCCUGCGCUGCGCCGCAGCGUGAUGGAGAGCACGGGAGGGCCGUACCUCAACGCGGCCGCCGUGACCUCCCCGGUGGGAAUAGCCCGGCUGCUGCAGAUGACCUUCGGCUGCGCCACCUUCAGCCUGGUCGCCCACCAAGGGGGGUUCAGUGCCGCCUACGGCACCUUCUGCAUGUUCGUCUGGACCUUCUGUUUCGCCGUCACCGUGUUCAUCAUCGCCUGCGAGUUCACACGCCUGCACAGCUGCCUGAGCCUCUCCUGGGGGAACUUCACGGCGGCUUUUGCCAUGCUGGCCACGCUCAUGUCGGUCACGGCGGCGGUGAUCUACCCGCUCUACUUCGUGCAGGCGGGCUGCUACCCCAUCGGCUGCCAGGUCAGGGAUUUCCGCAUCGCCGCCAGCGUCUUCGCGGGCCUGCUGUUCCUCGCCUACGCCGCCGAGGUGUUCCUGACCAGGGCCAAGCCGGGACAGGUCACCAGCUACAUGGCCACCGUCUCUGGCCUCCUGAAAAUCGUCCAGGCCUUCGUGGCCUGCAUCAUCUUUGGGGCGCUGGUGAACGACAGCCAGUACGGUAAAUACGUGGCGACGCAGUGGUGUGUGGCUGUCUACAGCUUUUGCUUUGUGGUGACGGUGGUGGUGGUGGCCUUCAGUGUCACAGGUAAGACUGCCUUGCUGUGGUUCCCCUUUGAGCGUUCGGUGGUCAUCUACACCUUUGGGGCGGUGCUGCUCUACGCGAGUGCUGCGGUCAUCUGGCCAGUGUUCUGCUUUGACAGCAAGUACGGCUCCCCACGACGGCCCGGCCUCUGUGCCAAGGGCAAGUGCCCCUGGGACAGCCAGCUGGUGAUUGCCAUCUUCACCUAUGUCAACCUGCUGCUCUAUGUGCUGGACCUGGCCUACUCCCAGCGCAUCCGCUUCGUCUCACACAUCUGAGCCGUGGCUCGGCCUCCGUGGAGGCCUCUCAGAGUGCCAAGCCCUGCAGGUGCAGAGGGACGGGGCAGAGCGGUGCUGGCAGGCAGGCACACGCCACCAUCAGCCAAACUUCAGUGAGGACUGACUACGCUAAGGAAUUAAUGACCUGGAGCGGGUGGGCUGCAGCGGGCACCACACAGCCCAACUCCCCGUGGUUCUGCCUCACCUGCCCAGGCCAGCACAGAGGAAUGGCACAGCUCCACGGGCAUCUGCAGACAGCAGGAGUGCCUGUGGCCACAGCAGUGGGGCUGGAGGCUAUCAGGUUACUGAGCCAAACAUUAGGAAACGCAUCCAGGAUUUUGAAACUGUUAACCAGCGCCUAACAGUAACCAAGUGACUGCUUGGGAAGUGGAAAAGUUGAAAGCUGCAUGAAGGAACACCAGUUCAGUAGAUGAAAAUCAAUCCCUCGGAGUUUGGAUUAGUUUGGAUAGUGUUGGGAGAUGUGGAAUGCCUGCAAGUGUGGGCAGUUCCAGUCUGGGUGUUUCUGAGAAGAGCAUCAUAGCCGUAACAGUAUUUUGAAGGUUGCCAGUCAUUUCCUUUCCUCUCCUUUGCUGUCUAGCACAGAAAAGGAAUAUCCUCAAGUGCACACCUUGGAGGAGGCCUAUUUAAUGUAAUACUCCUAUUUAGCAAUCACUGAUUCACUACAGAAAUGAAAAUUUGUAAAGCCGGGGCUGUACUCUGAGGAUCAGGGUGCAGAGCAGAGCCAUCCUGCAGAGUGACCGAGUGUGACCUGCCAUCCUCAUCCUCGUUUCAGCAGCGCAAAAUGUACCUUGGCACGUGCUCUUGUCUUGAUCCAUGGGCCACCAUUUCUUUACACUGGGGUCAAGGGGUUUUUCUGGGGCAUGGCAAAGGGGAGGCAGAGAGUGAUUGAUCUCUCAGUGCUGCUCAAGGGACCCAGCGGGCGGGGAGGGGGCACGGGCAGGACGGGACAGGGCAGAACUUGUGCCCUGUCGGUUCAGCUUGGGAUUCCUGAGCACCCUGCAUCACUGGGGAGCCCAAUUUCCCAGACCCACCCCCGAAAACACCCUCCUCAAAGCCCCACAUGUCUCAGCUCAGAUUCCAGGCCCCACAGGAAUCCUCAUUUGUCGCAGGGAGAAGCCAGCAUGUCCAAGUGCUUGUGCAGCACGUGCAGACUUGAGUGCUUUGAUUAAAAUCUCCAGUAGCUGCCUGUCAGAAGCAAGAUUUAUUUUUUAACCAAAACUAAAUAAAGCUGAAUGGUAGAUGUAUGCUUACAUCUCCUGAGAUCUGUGUGCUGUCAUCCUGCUCUCCACACUCAUUGCAGCAGACACUUUCUGCAUGAAGGCAAAGAUCACUUUAUUCUGGUGUACAAAGCCUGAACACAGAACCAAAAAACAACAGACACAACACAGCAAGACCUCUGAGGGGGUUCUCUGCAGCAGAAUGACUUAGGAAUAAGGAAGCAAACUUACUUUUCAUCAGUGCUUUGUGUGGGGUUUGAAAAGCAAAGGGAAAACUUGUUGGGACAGACGAUGUUGAAUAAUUCUGAGCAAGGACCAGCCCUUAGCAGUGGGGAGCAUCAGCCAGGACAUGGGGCAAGAAUUGGGAUCCAGCACAGAGGAACAGCCUGCCAAGGGGGUUUUCUCUUCUGUGAGUCCCAGGGAAGGGCAGGAAAUCUGGAAGAUGUGGGCAAGACCCACCGCUAUCUGCUAUAGAUAUAAACCAGGAGCUUUAUUUCUUGCCACCCAAACAAAUCAUGGGCUGUACAAGAACAAAAUGCUGACUUGGGAAAGGAAAUCCAUUUGUGUUGGAGGAGUCAAUUUACAGGAGCCACUGCAUACAAAGGGACCUUGAGCAAUUAUGAUAUAUUCCUGUUAAACCCAUCAAUAUGGACAAAUUAAGCCACGUAAUACUUGAAAAUUACUCUCUUUUUUUUGGUUGUUGUUAUUUCAGAUUACUAAAAACCAAACAGGUGCCUGUGAAGGACCAUGGCUUUUGUUGUAAAACCCAACGCAGAGGGCCCAGGAGCAUUGCUUGCCCCGUGCUGGGGUGGCUCUGGGGGCUCCAGGCAGGGGUGCCCGUCCCAGGGAUGGCACUGCCAGGGCCAUGGCAGCAGCAGCAGCAGCUCCUCAGCUCCACCAGGCACUCCCGGGCUGCUGCAGGGGAGAUUUCGCACCGAGUAGGAGCAAGAGCAGAAACAUGGUAAAACUGACAAUGCCAGGGGCUGGUGCGACUUACACCCAGCCUGAGUCCAGGGGCCAGAGAGGAACUGGUGCUUGGGAAACAAUGAGGGCAAAAUGGAGUGUCUUCAAAUAAGGAGAAAGAGGAUUUAACAUGGAAACCAUGAUCCCACUGACUGGAGGAGUGGAAACACAAGUCAUUGCCAAGAACAGUGUGUUCAGAUUUAGCUUUCUCAUCUGCCAGCCAAAGACUGAGCAAAAAAUGUGAACAUGGUCAAAAUGGCAAAAAAAAGAUUGU